GUGUGUGAUGUUCAGGUUGGUGGAACCACAGUCAAAAGGAUUAAUACUACUUCUUCAACUCAACCUUUCGUAGACCUCAGUGGAUGCAGACACUCAGGUGAGAUGUAUCCACCUGGUACAAUGAUCAGCUCUGAUCCAGAAACCUGCUUCAGUCUCACCUGUGAUGAGACCGCAGUCCUCCACACCUCCAGCUGUGGUCCCCUGGAGCGUUGUCAAGGCAACAACAUCUGUGUGUUGGACGCCACCUGCACUGUGACCGGCCCCACUAUCAUCGACGUCCACGGCCAGAUUAACUCCAUCCAGGAUCGGUGUGCGUACUCUCUGUUCUCGACUCCGUCACUCCCAGACUUCCAGGUUCUGGGGAACUUUGAGGACCGGCGUCGUACAGAUGUGAGCUUUUUGGACAGUGUGACGCUGCGUGUGGACGGGCAUUACAUUCACCUGGAACAAGGUGGGAGAGUUCAGCUGGACGACUCCACGCUGACCCUCAGCAGCUCACCUCAGCUGGUUCACGGUGUGCAGCUCUCUAAGGACCAAACUGGAGUCACUGCCAAGCUGUCGCUCUCCAACCUCACCAUCUCUGUCUUCUUUGACGGCGACACCGCACAGAUCCGCUUAGAAGGACCUGCUGGUUCAUCUGUGGAGGGUCUGUGUGGAAACUCCAGCAGGUCUCUGAGUGACCUGAGGCUCCCUGAGUACAGCUCCACCAGCUGUGAGAUGCAGUACAGUGAGCCUGCUGACAGCACGAUCAACUGCAACAGUGUAACUGAAAGCUGUAAUCUCCUGAAGGAGGCGCCCUUCUCCUCCUGUAACAGUGACAUUGACCCAGAGCCCUACAUAACCGCCUGCACCAACACUUUGUGUAAAUAUCCUGCAGUGGACGGACUCAACUGUCAGUUCCUGAAGGCCUACACCAGAGCCUGCAGUCUACACAACCACACUCUGGAUGGCUGGACAUCAAAGACCGGCUGCUCCUCUGAGGUCUUCUGUCAGGACAGGACCUGCAGCGAUCACGAGUUCUGUGGUGAGAAGACGGUCGGUGGUGACACUCGCUGCUUCUGUCGGGCCAUUUUUGCCUCCAAGUACCAAGCAAACAACUCUUUGGGUGAUCCAACGGUCUGCAUGCAGGACUCUGCUUCACUCACUCUGGUCGGUUGUCUCCUGGAGGACAAAGGCAUCGACUACUCUGCCUUACACCUCAACGACCCGACCUGCAGGGGUCAGGUGGACGAGCUCACCCACAUGGUGACCUUCAGCUUCAACAGCAGCAACAGCUGUGGGGCGGUGGUAACGUACCACCAAGAUCCCAAGAUUGAGUUCAUUGACUCCAACAAGCUAAAGGGAAGUUUUGCAGAUGAUCUAAAGCUAGAGCCUGAGUCAUGA